AGGCUGAAUUUAGUUCAUUUCAGUUAUCUGCCGGACUACUAUUAGACAUUAAAUCAGCAAAAAAUAGCUUGAUAAAAUAUCAGUGUGACUAAACUUCACAAAUUUACAACUAUAGUUUUGGUUACCAUUUGAUAUAAAUUGAUUAGAAGUAGGAUAGCCAACGCAUGUAUAUAAUAAUUAAAAAGGAAGAAUAUACAAGAUUUAUUUUGAUUAUAUAAGAAAAUGGGAGCAACAUCAUCAAAUCCGACAGAACAGAUCUCAGCAACAGGAGACCAAUCAUCAACUUCUAAUGUUCAGUAUCUACUAGGUGACAUUCAAAAACUAGCGCCUUCUGCUCGUAAAUUGUUUAAUUUGGGAAAAGAGUGCUUAACAACAUCAGUUGCAAGGCUGCCUUUUGGUAACGAACCAGAAUUAAAAUUUCAAGAAGCUACAAAUCUUGCAGAUCUUCAGAAUCCAGAUUUCCGAUUGUUUAGACCUUUGAAAUUAACUCAGCCAUUAUAUUCUGGACAGACUUAUGUAAAAUGGAGAAGUGUCAGAGAUGUUCAGAAUGUGUAUGCCUUUUGUGCACCUGUUAAGACAAUAAUAUACAUUCAACCAAUCGAUGAAUUCCCAGAAUUUAUUAAAAUUUUCCGUUUGACGACUAAGAGACUAGAGUUAACAUUGUUUAGUUUGCUUCAAAGUUUUUGUCAGAUAUAUUUCAGCGGUUUUGAUUCCCAUGUUUUACCUGAAGUUAACAUCAAGGACAAACAGUGGCAGAUAAGAUCCCGACACCAUUCAGUAACAGAACAAAAACAAUAUUAUGUUGGCGAUUUCUUCCCAUAUCUGCAGAGAUUAAUACCUUCAAAUGGAUUAUGUAUAUUAGGAUUAACAUGGACCGAUCUCUAUCCACAAGAUGAUCUUAAUUUUGUUCUUGGAGAAAGUUCAGCUGUUCACAAGUCUGCCAUGUUUUGUUUUGGACGAUAUGAGCCUAAAGGAUUUGAUAAAGAAACUCACCAAGAUAUAAAAGAAGUAGAUGGAUUAUUGAUAUGGAAAUUAUUAAGAAUAAUUAGUCAUGAGACGUGUCAUCUGCUAGGAUUUCAACACUGUACAUUUUUUCAUUGUGCUAUGAAUGAAAGUAACUCUAUAGAAGAAGCUGUAACACAACCCUUGUUUUUAUGUCCAGUUUGUUUACGAAAGCUUCAAAAAUGUUGUGGAUUUAAUGUGUUAGAGCGAUAUAAAGCUAUGGCUGGAUUCUUACAAGAACUUCAAGAUCAGUUACCCUGUGAACAGUUGCAAUCUGCUGUUAACUGGCUACAAAAGUGUCUACAAUAUUUAGAAGAAGGAUGAAUUUAUUAGUGCUGUGGGUAUCAUGACUGUGAUACGAUUCACAACCUGAUUCAUAACCAGGUCACAAUAUCGACUCUAGAUAACGAUCUCGAUCUACUUUCAAGUCGGAAGUGUAGUGCUUUUGAUGUGAGUGGUGAGAUUUGUCGGAUUGCCUCCAUGUUUUAGAACAGUUUUCCAUAUUCUACAAACAACUUUUAUUGUGUCACCUUUAAAAAAAAACAUAGUUUUUCCAAACCUUUGAUUUGCAUUAGCUUGAGGGUUAGUCAUUGAUUUUUAGAGGAGCUAUAUUCUGUUAUAUUUGGCGAUAUCUAAAUCCACAAUAUUAUACAGUAAACUACCAUUUUUAAUAUUUGUUUUAAUAACUAUGACUAAAAAUAUAUUAAGAACGAAAUGUUACCAUAUAGACCUAACUAACGGAAAUGGAAGUGUUUACGGUUGGUCCAUUUAUAGGGAACAUCUCAGGUUGCUGAACAGUAUCUACUGAGUUGUUAUUAUUUUAGACUCCUAAUUAGUAAGGCAUAAUUUAAAGGUCGUUUUUCAGAGAAGACAAAGGUAUUGUGAAGUAUUGAUUCAGAAUUGCAAUAUAUCGAUUAAAAAAAUAUAUUGUGUCAGCCCUAAAGUUUAUGGUAAUAUAUUUUCCAAAAACUAAAAUAAUUAAUAUCAGCUCUUUAGUAUGAUUCCCAUACCACUAUUGAUAAACUUUGCAUGUACCUAUAAUUGAUCUUGUGUUGAAAAGUUGACAGUUUAAGACAAAAACAGAAAUAAAAUUAGGAAACCUAAUCUUUUGAAAUGAAAAUGUAAUUGUACAGAGCUUGUCCGUUCAUUGAUCAAUAUAACACAUCCGAUUAACCCAACUCAAUAAGGUUUAUUUGUGUGCUAUUUGAAACAAAACUACAGUAGACCAGCAGUG